UUGUCCGACUACUCCGUACUUACAGAGUGAAUAGUCUACCUAGUACUAGUUAUUCACAAUUAUUGUUUACCUCUUGUGGGCUUAGCUGUUUGGAGAAUGUACUGGGUUUACUUCCACACGAGGAUGGAAACAUGGUCGAAUCUUCAUCCAGCUUAUCAAGCCGUUUCUUCGAUGCAGAUGGGCAACCAAAGGGAUCUUCGCUCAAAUUCCGCGCGAUCAGCCACCCUCGGGCCAAUGAGUUUCCCUGUGGCCAGUGGUUCGUUUCACCUACUCUCGCUUCGCUCCACUGUUGGGGUCGAAAUGCUCUCCCGCUGCAUCAGGAUUGCUUUUGCAGCUUCUAAGAAAAGAAAAGCAUCGGCUCCAGACGGAGGCGAGGGUCCCUCCGUCCGUCUGCGCUCCUCCUCCCUGCUGGGGUCAACGCCGCCGUCGCUCUCGCAGAACCGGGGUUAUAUCAAGUCGCCGUCGCUGCUCGCUACAUUCUUCUUUCUCCCCUUUCUUCAUCACGAUUCCACCCAUCUUCUCAUUUCCUCCUCUACCUAUCUUCCGACUCGCUCAGUACUUACUGAUAAUACUUAAUUUCUAUCGAAGUUGGUGCUUGUCUCUUUCCUGUCAAGCAUAUCAAGUCACCCCACCUGCAUACAUACAUACCUCGUUGUCGCAAGGCGCAAGGACUCAAUUAAAACCGACCUGAUCAAACCUAAUUCAUCCGAUCUACUUUCUACUUCCACCACCAUGCAGCUCACCACCUUGUUCGGGCUUGCUCUCUCCACCCUGAGCCUUACCUCUGCCUCGCCUAUUUCCUAUCCCA